UUGAUUAGUUCUGUUCUAAAAGAAACAAAAGAAGAAAAUCAAAAUGAAUUAGAACAAGAAAAGUUUUCCAAAGAAUUUACACAAACGAAUUUCAACCAAAUAAUUAAUUUAGUUCUUAAAGAAUCAAAAGAAACAAAUGAAGAAUUACUAGAACAAGAAAACUUUUCUAAAGAAUUCACAGAAAGACAAAUUAAAAAUGAAAUUAAUGAUAUUGUAAAUGAAAUUGAAGAAGACAAUGAACAAGAAACUUUUUCAAGAGAAUUUUCUCAGACAAAUCUUUCUAAAACAGUUGAUGAAACUAUUCAAGAAAUAAACCAAACUCAGUUGAAUUCAAGAGAUUAUUUGGCGAAAAAUGUCAACAAAGUAAUUGAAGAUGCAGUUAAUUCUGUUGUUGAAGAUACAAACAAAGUCGAAGAACCAAGACAACCAAGUUUAAGCGAAGCCAUCAUCAAAGCAAUCAAUGAUGGUAUCAAAUUCCGCGAAGAACACGAACAAAACAUCCAACAAACACUAUUCCAAAACAACAACAAACAUGAAGUAAAAGAAAAUCAAAAUAAAGAAUCAAAUGAAGACAAAAACAUUCAAUCAAAUGAAGACAAAAACAAUCAAUCAAAUGAAGACAAAGUUUUGGAUGAAAUAGAAAGUGAUUCUAAUUUUGAUGAAAGUACAGAAAAUACACCGAUGAAAAACAAAGAACAAUCUCAAGAGAUUCCAAGUGAUUCCGAUUGUGAUGAAAACUCUGAUGAUUAUGAAAGAGAAAAAUCAGAUGAAAUUCCAAGUAAUUCAAGCUUUGAUGAAAAUUCAAGUAUUGCUAAUACUGAUGAAUCUUUUACAGAUUUUGAUGAAUCAGUCGAACUUUCAGAAGAUACAGUUUCUGAAGAAGAGAAUAAGAAAUAA